GUCGCUUCGAGCUCGGCACCAGGCUCCGUGGGAAAGGAAGCCCGAGCCUUGCUGAGGUGAGCGGGAGCGGUUUGGUGGGAGUAGGGUCCACCCUGGCGAGAAGGACGAGGGAAUUCGGCCUGGACGAACAUGAACGAUUGGAUGCCCAUCGCCAAGGAGUAUGACCCGCUUAAAGCUGGCAGCAUUGAUGGCACCGACGAGGACCCACAUGAUCGAGCUGUCUGGAGGGCGAUGCUGGCACGAUAUGCCCCCAACAAAGGCGUCACAGGAGACCCCCUCCUCACCCUGUUUGUGGCGAGACUAAACCUGCAGACCAAAGAGGAGAAGUUAAAGGAAGUAUUUUCCCGCUAUGGGGACAUCCGGCGGCUUCGGCUGGUGAGGGACUUGGUCACGGGCUUUUCGAAGGGCUAUGCGUUCAUCGAAUACAAAGAGGAGCGUUCUCUGCUCAAAGCUUACCGGGACGCCGAUGGCCUGGUUAUUGACCAACACGAGAUAUUUGUGGACUAUGAACUGGAAAGGACUCUCAAAGGGUGGAUUCCUCGGCGACUUGGAGGAGGCCUGGGGGGGAAAAAGGAAUCUGGGCAGCUGAGGUUUGGGGGGCGGGAUCGGCCUUUCCGAAAACCCAUUAAUCUGCCAGUUGUUAAAAACGACCAGUUUCGAGAGGGAAAGAGGGAGAGAAGGGAGCGAUCUCGAUCCCGAGAAAGACACUGGGACUCCAGGAUGAGGGAUCGGGACCAUGACCGGGGCCGGGAGAAGAGGUGGCAGGAAAAAGAAUCAACUCGGGUGUGGCCAGAAGGUGACUGGGACAGAGAGAGGGACUUCAGAGACGACAGGGUCAAGGGGAGGGAGAAGAGGGACAGAAGUAAGUAGACUCCAUCCCCUGCCAAACCCAAACGAAGGUACCCGACCAGUAAAAGUGCAGGGAGACCUGCACUGCUUGUAUACAGAAUCCAAGUCCAGUGGUUGAAUAAAACCUACUGACGAAAACAAAAACAAAACAGAAAAAACUUACUAAUGAUAAUGGGGUUGGGUACGUUUUCUUUCGACUCUGGAAUGCAGGUUCAAGAUGAACACGCUGAUAGUUUGAAUUUUCUCUUCUGCAUCUUAUAGUUUUUGUUUUUGUUUUUUGGGGCUCAUGGGCGGUUUGCGGGAUCUUAGUUCCCUCACCAGGGAUUGAACCCGCGCCCUCAGCAGUGAAAGUGCAGAGUCCUAACCAUUGGACCACCAGGGAAUUCCCUUCAUCUUGUAGUUGUAAGGACCCAUUAUUUGAUAAGCUUGAGAAACAAUUUUGCAGUCACCAGCAUCUGUACAGAAAGGCCUGUGUAAGGAGCCAUCACUCAUUUAAUUUGGCAGUACGGAAUUUGCUUUUUCUCCCAUCUAUUGGAAAUGACCAUUUUGAGGGCUUCGCAAAAAGAGGUGAUGACUGAAAACCAUUUGCACUGAUCUGUGACUCCUGGGAACCCAAAUCUGGUCAGCAUCUAAGUUGUGUGUUUUCCACCUUUAUGUCCAUAGUGCAGGGUUUGCUGCAGUGAAAUAAAAAUGAGAUAGAAAAAUGAAUCCAAGGAGAAUGUCCAGAGACUUAGUACCAAAAGCCAGUCUUAGCAGUGAUCUGGGUCAGCAACCAGCUUCUCUUGAACAAAUGUAACUCCAUUCUCGAGCCAAAUGCUGACUACCUUUUUUCCUUUUCUCUUUUUGGCGGGGUGGCUGGCAUUUAAAAUGAAAACCCAGAGUUUCAGGGCUUUGGGGCUAUGGUCUAUGGCAAUCCUCCAGCCCUUGGAAAAGAGAAAGUUCAAAAGAAGUGAGAGUGAAAUUAAAAUGAAAUCAAUGAAAGGGUAGCAGCUAGUUCCGAUGGACUGAUUUGCCUUUUCCCUCUUGAUCAUCUGGCCUCUGGUUUGUUUGAAACUGGAUAUAUUGACCUGAACUUCUGAGAGCUUUGAAUAAGUACCAUACUGUUCAUGUGAUUUUUCAAGAAAGUGACAUUCAACAUUUUUCUUUUAUCCAUGGCUGUGUCUUUGAAAGUUCAGGUUCUUAAAAUUCAGGAUGUCUCAUGUAAAGUAAAUGUCUGAUUUAGUAGCAAGACUCACACAUUCAUUACUAGGUUUUUGCAUCAGGAGUAUGAAUCUCAUUGUUACAUAGGGGACCUACGAUAUCUUAAAAUUGCUGUCAGCUGUUAGAACUGUUUUAGAAAAAUAUGCUCUUUCCUUUGUAAAUUUCCAGUGCAGAAUUUUACUAUUCUCCUAAAUCUCAGAAUACCGCCUUGCAGGAACACCUUUCUGAUUUCACCCACGUUUCAUUUACAAAGUGUGUUAUGGGCUAGAGUUGGUAGGUACAUUAGGUAAAACAAGCUGCUCCACAUCAGGGAAGCUGAGUUGUGAGACAGCUUCAGAAGAAACACAUACAGGGGCAGCAGUGUUUACAUAGUGUUUACAUAGUCUAAGCUGGCGGUUAUCAACCCUGAGUACCAGAAUACCGAUGGAUGGAAAAAAUAUGCACAUUCAGUCCCCACCCCUGGACAUUUGGGCUUAGUCUUAUAAUGGCCCUGGUAACCAAAAAAAAAAAAAAAUUAGUAGAACCCCCCUGUCAGGGACUGUAGUUGUCAACAUGGCAAAGGCGGAUACCCUCUGACCCGGCAGUUCUGCUGCUAGUUUAUUCUGCAGACUGAUGCACGUGUGUGAAAGUGUGCAGCGCUGUUUCAGAAAGAUUGGAAGCUACGUGUCCACCAGUGGGGCCUGGACAAACAUGAACAAAUUACACUCGAUGGUCGACCAGGGUUCCUCAGUCUUGGCACUAUUGACAUUUGGGGCUGGAUAAUUCUUUGGUAUCGGGUGCCGUCCUAUGCAUUGUAGGAUAUUUAGCAGCGUCCCUGGGGCCUACUGGAUGACAGUAGCACCCACCCAGUUGCGACAACCAAAAAUGUCUCCAGUGAGUGCCAAAUAUCCCUGGGGGCCAAAAUCACCCCUGGUUGAGACCCACUGUCUUUUAUACUGGUGUGAAGUCAUGUCCAGGGUAUUCUAAGGAAAGAAAGGUAUGGGAUAGCAUGUGUAUAACACGCUGCCAUUUAUGUAAAAAGAGAACAGAAAUAUAUCUAUUUUUUUUACAUGAUUGCAUGUAUAUUUAUAAAUUAUUUCAGGAAAGACACCCAGGAAACUACCAACACUGGUCACCCCACGGGGAAGGCAACCAAAGGUGAUGCGGGGAGGGGGAUUCCUCAGCACACAUGCUUUUAUACUCUCUGAGAAUAAACUCUAAUAGUUCUAAUGGGCAGUCAGGUUGGAGAACCACUGCUCUAAACCAACAUUAUCGUGUCUGGUCAUUUUUCUCAGUGAUCUGGAAACGGAGUUCAUGUAGAUUCUAUAAACCGACUUGAUGGUUUCUUGGCAAACCACAGUAAAAUGUGUAGAAAGCAGUCCAGUCAGAUGCACUUGAGUGCCCUGUCAGGAAAUGGUACCUCUCUCAAUCCGUGAGCACCCCGUCUUGCACCCUGGGUGCUCCGUGGGUGGAGAGAAAGGAUUAUUUGGGUAACCCCCCAACUUGCCAGUUGCAGACAGGGCAUGUGGCUCUCCGUCUCCACUGCACCCCAUGAGUCAGCCAGACAUUUGGUCCCCAAGCCAUCUUUUCACCCACCGCCAUUGCUUUGGCAAGUCUACCCUACCCACCAUCUGGCACCCCCUAGGGUUCCGCACGCCACACUCAAUCCGCUUUGGGACACUUGUCCUCUUCGCAGGGGACUAAGUAUUUGACACAGUGAAUGCUGAAACAAGAUGCCAAGAAAAAAAGAAUCCACACAAGAAAUGUUGCAAUGUCUCAUCCUUAGCAACUUUGUUUGGUUAGUACUGCAUAACUCACAGCAGAUUCCAAGGCACUGGCCUUGAACAUUGCUACAUGCUCUAGGCAUUAUCAGUAACAAGGUGCAAUAGAGAACCACAGGCUCUUGCAAACUUGCCUCCAGUUUCUGGGCGGGAGGACUGUCCUCCCUAUUUUCCGUUUGCUUUGUGCCUAAGCUGGGCCAGCUCAUCCUGUGACUUCAGAGGCCCUGCCUGUCUAGUCGAUGCAUCCUAUAUAUUAUGCUACCACC